CAACCACGCCUCUCGAACACAACCACGCCUUCUUCGAACACAACCACGACUCCAUGAACACAACCAAACUCCUACGACCACAACCACGCCUCCUACGACCACAACCACGCCUCCUACAACCACAACCACGCCUUCUUCGAACACAACCACGCCUUCUUCGAACACAACCACGCCUUCUUCGAACACAAUCACGACUCCAUGAAUACAACCUAAACUCCUACGACCACAACCACGCCUCCUACAACCACAACCACGCCUCACAACCACGCCUUCUUCGAACACAACCACGCCUUCUUCGAACACAACCACGACUCCAUGAACACAACCUAAACUCCUACGACCACAACCUUGCCUCUUACGAAACAAAUUCAAAUUCAAAUCACAACUCAAGACUUGCCUGAAGAUACGGAAUUGUGAAAGGCAUCACAGAUAUCAUUUCCUUUUUGACGGAAAAAAGAGGCUCAGAAUCAAUCAAUCAAUCAAUCAAUAUAUAUAUAUAUACACAAAAAAAAAAAAAAAAAAAAAAAAAAAAAACACUGGCCCCAGGUUCUUACAAACACAAUCUACGGAGAUGACCUUUGACCCAAAUCGAAAAAAAAAAGCUGUCACCAGAUCACGUGACGCUGUUAAAGAUCUGAAUUUCGUCGAGUUAUCCCUACUACUGGUGUUCUUCAUAUCAUCUUUAUCGUUUUUAUUAUUUGAAUCGAUGUUAACGAUUAUCAUCUUUAUUAUCGUUAGUAUUGCUAUUACUAUUAUUGUCUUAUUAUUUAUCGGUGAUAUUGUUGAUGUAAACAUCACCAUACUUAUCAUUAUUUUUUUCAUGUUAAUAUUUUCGUCAUCAUUACUGUUCUUAUAAUUAUAAUUAUUAUUAUUAUUAUCACAAUUAUUGUUAUUAUUAUUAUUAUUGUUACAAUUAUUAUUAUAAUUAUUGUUAUAAUUAUUAUCAUAAUUAUUAUCAUUAUUAUUAUUAACUUACUGCUUUCGGCACUGAUAUCACUGAGAGUAUUGUUUCAGCUUUCUAUUCAUGCAUGUGUUUUGCACGAAAGGAGUGUAAAAAAUAACUUACGGCCAAUUUUUAUCCCAAUUAUCGACUUUAUCCGAUUAUUUCAAUAUUUGUAAUUAGAGACAGGACCUCCUAUAAUCCACCACGAGCGUGUUAUCUUCAUUGUGAAAGGUCUUUAUUUAUCUUUAUUUACACUGACUUCCGGCGAAUUGUGUUUUACUUCUUUAUUCUAUUUUAUUUCAUUUUUUUUUCUUUAUCUGUCAUUUUAACGUAAUGGAAUAAAGAAGCAGCAGCAA